CAAGGCUGAGAGUUUUCUGCAGCAGCAAACAACUGGACUAUUCAACACACUCAGUCUCUGUCGGUUCAUCAUGGAGGCGCAGCGGUAUCCAAUGAGUGUCCGUAUGAUCGGAGUGAUGCACAAGGAAAAGAGCAAAAUGUACAUUACCUCCGUGCUUUGGUCGGACCAGAAUGAUAUUGUAGUUUACAGGACUUUGGAUGAAUUCAAGACAAUGCACAAACAAAUGAAGAAAGCGUUCCCGGCCGCGAGUAAAACGAAAAAGUCGGACAGAAUCAUCCCCAAAUUUCAAGAUAAAAAGUUGAACCAGGGUGGCCAGAAGAAAGGUACCACUAAAUCUCUCGUGCGCCUCAAGUUCCUGCAGAAAUAUUGUGACAAACUUCUGAGCUGCGACCCGCAGGUGUGUCAGUCUGCAGACCUCAUCCAGUUCUUCCACCCCAAAGACCAGGACCUGCAGCCCGAGUUUGCCAAGAACAGCAUCAUGAUCAUGCCAUCAGAGGAUGAAAUCAAGACAGGCGCAGGACCUGGCGGUGGUGGCAACGUGACACAGCCGUUCGUCACAGAGACGUACAGAUGUGUGGCCCCGUACGAGACCAAAGACACCAAGAACAAACCUUUCAAAGUGGCGCUGGACGAAAAAGUAGACGUACUCAUCAAAGACAAAGCAGGGUGGUGGCUUGUGGAGAAUGACGACAAGCGGAUGGCCUGGUUCCCUGCCCCAUACCUAGAGAAGCUAGAUGAUGAUGAUGAUGAUGACGAAGAUGAUGUGGAUGGAACUCCUGAAAGAGGAAUGCUGUACACUGCAGUCAAGAGCUACAAGCGCACCAAAGAUGAUGAGAUAACCGUGGCCAUUGGUGCAGUGGUGGAGGUCCUGCAGAAGUCUGAGAACGGCUGGUGGCUCAUCAGAUAUAAUGGUAAGGUAGGUUACAUCCCCACGAUGUACCUGCAGCCCUACACCUACCCUCAGAUCCGCAUGACAGGCCACCAUCAAGAUCACAGAGCCUCCUCCCCAAACCAGUUCCUGAGCCUGGAACAGCAGUCCAACCAGCUCAGCCUCUCACAAGGAAACCUACUGCAACCUCCUCCCGUCAGGUCCUCGUCACCUCGCCAAAACUACAUACGGCAGAGACCAAACUCUCUUGAGAUCAUGUCGGAACAACCUUCCCCUCAGCCUGCAGCAAGAACCCCUUCACCCACCACAAGAGUCAGCAUCUCGCCUACGACUUCAAACCAAGCCCCUAUGCCCAAAAUCAUGGUUCAGACGGACGGAGAAGAGGAGCGACGUCGUGGCGUCCUGAGAGCGGACAGCGAGGGAAGCUUUAUGAGCGACAGCACAGACUUCAGCGAUGAACUCAACUCCUCCUGGGCGAGCUCCUCGUCCUUCAACCUGAGCCUGAACCAGAGCUACAACGAGGAUCAGCUGCGUCUCAGCCGCACGCCUCCCCCUACGGUGAACCACCUCAGUCCGACAAGCGGCCUUGAGGGUAGAUUGAUGCCCAGCGUCUCUGAUCCCAACCUCUACAAGAGCCCGUCAACACCUAAGGUGCCCCCCAGACCGCGGGCCCAGGAGAUCCUCACCCGUUGUUCCACUGUCACCCGCAAGAACGCAGCCAAAGGCAGCCCGUCCCCCACACAAACUGAGAUUACUAGUCGAUGAAGUUUCUAUUGAUGUUUGCUUUGUUUUUAUGAUGAAGAAACUUAAAUCUAAUCUUAGGAUGGGAGCUAAUUUAACUCUUUGAAACCUGAGCAAAUUGGCUUGAUUUCUUUCAAAAACACUGAAAGAAGGAAAUGAGCUACG